AUGUCUCAACCACAGAACUUCACCCCAACUCCAUCCCCAGCCCCUUCAGCACCCCGCACUGCCGGCCGGCUGGCCAUCGCCCAGGUUCCUGUUUCCAACAGGUUUCAUCCCCACCGAGGCUCCGAUCGAGGCCGCCGUUUGACCCCAGCCCGCGGAUCUACUGGACCACUAGCAUCUCAAAGCCGAGCGUCUAAUCAAGUGCCCCGCCGCCAGGCCAAUUCAAAUGGCAGUAUCAGGGACCUCAAUGCUGCAAACGAGGCCCCUAAUGAUGUGGGUUGGGGGGCAGGUGUACAAGUUGCCCCUGGUGUGCCCGUUAUCGACCCAACACUCAACUGGCUUGAGGAAAGCAAUCGAUCCCCAUCCCCAGAGCAUUUUUUCGGGGCCAUUGCGGAUGAAGACAAUGAAGAUCCUGCCCAUCAAACCCAAUCUGAUGAGGAGCCAUUGCCGGAUGCCCAGACAUUUGAUUGGGGGGCCAACCCACCCGCAGAAGCACAACACAAUCUCCCAGCAGUUGGUGCCGGUUUGAUUGGUGAACUCCAAGGACAGUUGCACUUCUCGGAGUCCAACUUGCAACUCGUCAAUCAACUUUUUCAGGCCACUGACGAGGAGAAGUGGAGACUCACCGUCAUGUUUUUUGUUCACUUGCUCGGAAAGACCACUUCUGAGCAUAUGGAUACUCCGACAUUGCCCGGCCGUGCAACCUCGGCAAAGAAAUUCACCUUUUCAAACCAUGUUAAGUGUUGCAUGCGAAACAUGCUCCGUCAGAUCUUGACUAAAGGAAAUGUCGAAUCCUACACUCGCACUAUGACAUUAGCAGACUCGACCCCAAUCAGGCGAACCCCCUUACUCAUGCUCAAGGCGAGUCCAAUGUCUUAUUUUGGGAUUUCACAUCAAUAG